AUGCAGCAGAGAUGUAUAAACCGCCCAGCCAUUAUCGCAUCAUUUGCUUUGUUUAUAUGUAACAAUUCGUUAGAUAAGUUUGCAAAUAGUCACUUGGCUAGGAAGAGGCAAAAUACCUCAGAAAUAGAAUACACGGACUCUGAGAAUCUCGAAUUAGUCGAUAGUAUCAUGGAUAACCUCUCGAAAAAAUUGAAACAAUCAAAUGAAUUUCUAAUUUCUGAACUUGAAAAAUUACCCACUAACAAGGCAAACCCCCGACUGGUUGAGAAUCUGAUACUAGAUUGCGAAAAAAAACCUAUCAAAUACCUAGCAAGAACUACUGUUAAUCAGUCCACCAUAAAGAUACAGCCGUACAAUAAGGAACAUGUAAAGCACUUGCUUGAUCUUGUGCAUAAGACAUUUCCUGAAUCGCAAACAAAAAGUGACAGCGAAAAUGUAUGGAUCACCAUAUCCGCCCUUAGUGAUGAUCUAAAGGAAGGGGUAAAGGCUGCCGUAAAAGAAUUGUUGCUCAAUACAAAAAAUAAACAUCGAGUCGCCAGACAAGAUGCGAUAAAUGCGUUGAAGAAUGCAAAAGAUAGGCUCAGUGAUGACUUCUACCAUAUGAAACUUCAGGAAGUCGAUGAAACUUCCAAAAAACUCUAUGGUGAAGUGGAGAAGUUGUGCAAUAAAAAAAUUGAAUUGUCAGCAUAA